CAGCAUUAGCAACAGAAGUACUGAACAAGGUACCAUUGGUACAUUGCCAGAGCACGUACGUACUGCAGAAUAUUUCGGCCUGAUCGAUCAUGGAUUGGCCCGCUCUCACCUGCUACACUGUGGUCCUGAUCAUUCUCUUCCUGCCAUUGCGGGCGUCCGACGACCGGCUUGUCCCUGGUGAGCGGCUCUUCCCUGGCACCACCAUCAUCUCCGAUGACGGUGCCUUCGCCUUGGGCUUCUUCAACCCCUCCAACUCCACUCCGGCCAGCCUGUACUUGGGCAUAUGGUACAACGGCAUACCGGAGCUCACUGUUGUGUGGGUCGCCAACAGGGAGACGUCCGUCACCAACAGCACUUCGUCUGCGCCGACACUCUCCCUCACCAACACCUCCAACCUCGUUCUCUCUGAUGGUAGCAGCGGCCGUGUCGUUUGGAUGACUGAUGUGGCCGAUGCCUCAAGCUCCAUUGCAGCAGCAGCAGUGCUUGAGAACACCGGCAACCUCAUCGUCCGGUCACCGAAUGGCACCAUGCUGUGGCAGAGCUUCGACCACCUCACCGACACGUUCCUUCCUGAAAUGAAGAUACGGAUCAGCUAUGCCACGCGCGGCACCGGCAUCCGCCUGGUGUCCUGGAAGGGGCCCGACGACCCAUCAUCGGGGCGCUUCUCCUACGGAGGCGACCCGGACACGCUCCUCCAGUUAUUCCUCUGGGAUGGGGCCCGCCCGCUGGCCCGUAGAGGGCCAUGGACAGGGUACCUGGUGAAAGGCAAGCACCAAUACCAGCAGGUUAACGGCAGCUUGUCCGUCAUCAUCUACAUGGCCAUCGUCGACAACGAGGAGGAGAUCUACACCACUUACACAGUCUCUGCUGGCGCGCCACACACGAGGUAUGUGGUGACCUACUCUGGAGAUUACCAGCUCCAGAGCUGGAGUACCAAUUCCUCAUCAUGGGUUAUCCUCGCCAAGUGGCCAUCCCUUGAGUGCAACCGGUAUGGCUUCUGUGGUCCGUAUGGCUACUGUGACCAGACAGCAACGCCCAUGCCGACAUGCAAGUGCCUUGAUGGCUUCGAGCCAGCAAGCACUGAUGAGUGGGCAGCUGGUAGGUUCUCGGCAGGGUGCCGGCGAAAGGAGGCAUUGCACGGAUGCGGUGACGGCUUCUUGGCCUUGAUGGAGAUGAAAGCGCCAGACAAGUUCAUGUUUGCUGGAGGGAACAUGAGCACAAUGGAGGAGUGUGCGGCGCACUGCACCCGCAAUUGCUCCUGUGUGGCGCACGCAUUCGCCAACCUGGACAGUGGCAGGUCUGGAGGAAACGUGACAAGGUGCUUGGUGUGGGCGGGGGAGUUGAUUGACACUGGGAAGUUCGGCGAAGGACUUGGCAGCACCACAUUAUAUCUCCGGCUUGCAGGCUUAGAUGCAGCAUCUGGUAAGAAGACAAAGAGCACUGCAGCUAUCAUUGUACUGGCAGUUUUAGGAACGGCUGUUGUGGCAGUCCUAUGCAUUUUUGUGGCAUGGCUAAAAUUCAAAGGCAAGAACACAAAGUGGAGAAAACACAAGACGCGUACAUUUGAUGGUAUAAGUACCUCUUAUGAACCAGGGGAAGGAAACUCUCCACAUGAUCAUGAAUUUCCAUUUGUAAGUUUCGAGGAAAUUUCUCUAGCAACAAACAAUUUCUCUGAGACAUGUAUGAUUGGACAGGGAGGAUUUGGAAAGGUCUACAAGGUAUUAUUAGGUGGGCAAGAAGUUGCUGUCAAGAGGCUAAGUAGUGAUUCUCAACAAGGAACAAAGGAAUUCAAGAAUGAAGUAAUUUUAAUUGCCAAAUUACAACACAGAAACUUGGUUCGACUUCUCGGAUGUUGUGGGGAGGGAGAUGAAAAGUUGCUGAUCUAUGAGUAUCUUCCUAACAAAAGCUUAGAUGCUACCCUUUUUGAUGAUUCAAGAAGAAUGAUGUUGGAUUGGACAUCACGGUUUAAUAUAAUCAAAGGGGUUGCAAAGGGACUUCUGUAUCUCCACCAAGAUUCAAGACUAACUAUAAUUCAUAGGGAUCUCAAAGCCGGAAAUGUUUUGCUAGAUGCAGAGAUGAAACCGAAGAUAGCAGACUUCGGUAUGGCGAGGAUCUUUGGCAAUAACCAACAAGAUGCAAGCACCCAACGUGUUGUGGGAACAUAUGGAUACAUGGCCCCAGAAUAUGCAAUGGAAGGUGUCUUCUCCACCAAGUCCGAUGUCUACAGCUUUGGUGUGCUAGUACUUGAGGUUGUGACUGGUAUAAAAAGAAGCUCCAAUAGUCACAUCAUGGGCUUCCCGAGCCUCAUUGUGUAUUCAUGGAAUAUGUGGAGGGAAGGAAAGACAGAGGAUUUGGUGGACACAUAUAUCAUGGAUACUUGUUCACUGGAUGAAGUUUUGAUUUGCAUCCAUGUAGCACUCAUGUGUGUCCAGGACAAUCCAGAUGACAGGCCACUCAUGUCGUCCGUUGUGUUCGUCCUAGAGAACGGAAGCAGCACACUUCCACCCCCUACUUGCCCUGCCUACUUUACACGACGAAGUGCAGAAAUGGAGCAAAUUAGAGAUGAUAUCCUGAACUCCAGAACCAGUUUUACUCUCACUGAGAUUGAGGGUAGAUGAAAUAACUAUUAUUUUAUUUAGACAUGUCGCAGCGCCUUUCCCAGUGAAAUAUCUUCCAAAUUUUUAUUGUAUUUCAUUUUGUUGCCCUGCUCAUAUGGGAAGAAAAAAAAACUUAGAUAAUAUCAUGAACUUUCAAACUGACAACAUAACAGCAAAAUGACUCAAUGGAUUAAUUAGGUAGGGAGUUGCUUUCCUUCUUAUUAGAAAUGUACAUUUGUGUUUACCUUGAAGAGUGAAACCCACGUACUUGUUCAUUCGGCCCACUAGUGACAGGUCUGCUCGUCAAAUCCUGGAAGUCGGAUGUGGUUUCUAAUCUUAUAUCCAUCUUUUCCGCACGACGGCACCAUGGCUGUGCUAGGACAGUUCACAAAGGAGCAAGAUUGCAAUCAAAACUGAUUAAUGUCGGCAUUUUCAGGCUGCAACGCGCCACGAUGCGCAUCAGCACAAGGGGUUGUGAUGUUAGUCCCUUCACUGAUGUUAUUGUACAAUAUUGAUCUGCAUAUCUUUUAUGGUCGAUUUCUGUACUACUAAAUUUCUUUUCUACAAUACAUAUUACAAACUUCCUUGA